AUGAGCGGCGCAGGCGACACGGGGGAGGUGGUGGUGCACGAGUGCUCGGUGGGCGCGGCGGCGGCGGACAGCGCGCGCCACGACGCGCUGCUGCUGGUGACGAUGCCCGGCGUGCCGGCGCCGCCGCUGCUGGCCGAGGCGGUGGAGGCGGCCGUGCGCCUCGACAGCUCGCUGCUCGAGGAAGCUUCGCUGGUGAAGUGCGACGCGGUAGCCGGUGGGCGCCUCAUAAUCUCGCCCACUGGACCGCUUACGCCUUAUGACGACGUGAG